CUCAUAACUCUUCUCCAGACACGUAACUAACGUGGAAACCCACAAAUGUCAUAAAACUAACAAACUCAAAUUUUGAAACCGUAAAACUUCAAAAACACGGAUCUCCAGCAACUCUCCUUAAUUUCACACGGCAAACCCGACCCGACCCGCUUUGACAUGUUCAACUUCCUUUAAAAAUCAGUUACUUAUUGCUACACUACUUUUACUUACGUGUAAAACAUGCAAAACAUAAAUGUCUAAAUUACUUUUGUAAUUAUUACAUGUGGUUAAACGGUUGGUUUUGAAGAUAUUUUUUCAAGAUUUCAUGAUGGGUGUUGUUAUUUUGAAUCACUGACUGUAAUUAGGAAACAAAAACAAAGACACUUCUUAAAAAAAAAAAAAAGUAUUUAUACGGUUGAAAGGUUGGUUUUGAAGAAAUUUUCAAGAUUUCAUGAUGGGUGUUGUUAUUUUGGAUCAGUGACUGUAAAUAGAAGGGAAAAAAAAGGAUUUUUUUUUUUUUGGUUUGGAAGAUUCAAGAAAUGGCAAGUAUAUUGGAGGCAACAAUGAUACAUCAUGUGGCCAUUGUGUUAAUUCUACUAUGGUUGCUUAAUUCAUUCAAUUAUGGUCACCCUUUGGCUUAUUUCUUCUCCUUAAUCUAUCUUUAUCUGGUUCAUGAACAGUAUAUUACUAGAUUACAUAAGAAACUGCAGUAUGAGGAAAAAAGACAGUCCAAUCAACGAAGGGUGCUUUCUGAUUCUGAAACAGUGAGGUGGUUAAACCAUGCACUUGAAAAGAUUUGGCCUGUAUGCAUGGAGGAUAUCGUUUCGCAGAAAAUCCUCCUCCCUAUUAUUCCAUGGUUUAUGAAGAAAUACAAACCUUGGACUGUGAAAGAUAUUGCAUUGCAGCAUCUCUACUUGGGAAGAAGCCCACCUAUGUUCACGGAAAUGAGGGUUCUUCGUGACUCAACCGGGGAUGAUCACCUUGUAUUGGAGCUUGGAAUGAAUUUUCGUUCUGCAGAUGAUAUGAGUGCGAUUCUUGCUGCGAAGCUGAGGAAAAGGUUGGGUUUUGGAAUGGUGACAAAGUUGCAUCUGUUGGGAAUGCAUGUUGAGGGAAAGGUCUUGGUUGGGGUCAAGUUCCUAAGGAAGUGGCCAUUUCUUGGUCGUAUGCGGGUGUGCUUUGCUGAGCCUCCUUACUUUCAGAUGACUGUAAAGCCAAUUUUCUCACACGGUAUUGAUGUAACCGAACUGCCUGGAGUUGCUGGAUGGCUGGAUAAUCUUCUUGCUGUUGCAUUUGAGGAGACGCUUGUUGAGCCCAACAUGCUGGUAGUUGAUAUGGAGAAAUUUGUCUCACCCCAACCAGAUGAAAGCUGGUUUUCUGUUGAUGCCAAGGAACCCAUCGCUUAUGUUAUUUUGGAAGUCCUUGAAGCAGAAGACCUGAAGCCAGCAGAUUUAAAUGGAUUGGCUGAUCCAUAUGUUAAGGGACAUCUCGGGCCCUACAGAUUCAAGACGAAGACUCAGAAGAAGACAUUAUCUCCACAGUGGCAAGAGGAGUUCAAAAUUCCAGUCUGUUCAUGGGAGUCUCCGAACAAUAUGCUCAACGUAGACAUUCGUGACAAAGACCAUUUUUCUCAGGAUGAUACAUUGGGAGAUCAUACCAUCAACGCCUGCGAUUACAGGGACGGCCAGAGGCAUGAUAUGUGGUUGUCUCUUCGUAAUGUUAGAAUGGGGAGAUUACGUCUUGCCAUAACUGUAGUUGAAGGCAGUGAAAAGGGUACAGAGCAGUCAUACAAGCAGGAAAAAUGGGACAACAAACAGGACAGCAAUUCUGAUGAGAUGGAUACAGCCGAAGGAGGCUCCUUAUCCACCAAAUCAGAUAAGCAAUCGUCAAAAGUCACAGAUAAAUUUGAACCUAUUAACAUAGAAGGACAGCAGGAGACUGGUAUGUGGGUCCACCACCCGGGCAGUGAAGUACCACAAGUUUGGGAACCGAGAAAGGGAAAGAGUCGGGUCAUUGAUGGAGAGGUUCAUGGUUCUGACGCUGAUUUCUCGGGAAGUGUUAAGUCAAAAACGGGAGGAUCUUUCCGUAGUGAUGAAUCUGAGGAAAGCAAUGGAUCUAAGAAGCCAAAUAUACUCAAUAGGGGUAUACAUAAGAUCGGCUCGAUGUUCCACAGAAGUCAUAAAAGCGAGGAUAAUAAGUCUGGAAAUCUCGGAGAGCCUGUUCCGUCUCCGCAUGCUAAUCUAAAGGCAGUGAACACAAAGGAGAUCGGGGUGAAGUUUAUAAUGGACGAUUCAACUCCUCGAGAAGAUAAUAAAGAGACUCACGAGGGAAAUAAUGGUCAAGGUAAUAGUAGCCCCAACAAGGGCAGAGUCCGAGACAGGGCAAAGAAUAUAUUAAAACAUGCAGUAUCCCGGAAGUCAUCACGAAAAUCUAAAGGCGAGUCGGAAUCAACGGCGUCCGAGAGGGAUCCUUCUGUGGAAUCCGACUCUUCUGAAGACGAAUAUUCUCUAUCAGUCGGCUCACCUCUAGGCCGCCGAUUUAUAGCCAGCACUGGCAUUGAGAAUUCCAAUGAUAAUACAGUGAAAAGUACUAGUGAAUUGGUAGUAGAUGAUAAGGGAGGCAUGAAAACUACUAGUGAGGAAGUAGUUCAGGAUAAAGCUAUGAAUUCAGUAAGUCCUCAAGUUUCAAACCUUUGAUGUUGGAUCAAAUGUGUUUAUUACUAUGUUUGUUGUACAUUUUCCUUCAAGUAAGUUGUUAUACCAUUUUACUUGUAUAUGAUAUGUCCUGUAAUAUUUUUUUUUUUCUU